ACACCGAUACGUUUUCAAUGCACUUGUCAAAUUUGCCAAACGUCACAAAAACCGUAAAUGUGAUUUCACCAAUAAACAGAGUUAAGUGGAAAGUACUCUUAUCGAUAUUAUCAUGUAGAUAAUAACGACAGACUUUCGAUCUUUGGCCGGGGAUAGUUAUGUCUGGGGGCGAAAGAAAAAAGAAAAACACCCGGUCGCAGGGGUGGGAAGAGGCAGGGUCUGAGUUCUAUCAGGAAAGCUAUCCAGGAGAUGCGGAAAUCGAAGUUUUAUGUAAGGACCCCAAGCGUUUAGCCACUUUGUUACCCAGCAAACAGACUCGAGCGAUAGCCGCCACUCUGCGUUUACGCACAAAUGAUACCAGAACCAAUAAGAGUACUCUCAGGAGGUAUCCGACUUCAAGGUCCAGGCGUGAUUCUACAGCGCACAGGCGGCCUUCCCUAGCCGGAGAAGUACAGGUUUCAAUGUUGCCAGAUUUGUCAGAAAUGAAAUCUGAUGAACAGACUGCCUGGGAGGAAAUAAUGAAGCUGAAAGGGUUGCCGCUGCAUAUGUCGGAGAAAAGAGAACAGAAAAGCAAGAUUAUGAGCGAACCCAACUUACUCCUGCAGGGAUUCGAGCAGUUCAAGUGGAGACGCAGAAAAGCAUGGCACCAGUUUAGUGUACAAAUGAAAGAGGUAUAUCAUAAAGUGCAGCUGUGGAGAAAAGACAUAAACCUGAUCGAGGGCAAUUUCGGGACCGGGGUGGUUGUGUUCUUCCAUUUCUUGAAGUGGCUCUUCUGUCUAAACCUCUUUAUAUUUCUGCUGGUUGUUUUGUUUGUCACUCUGCCCACAGUUAUACUCGACGAUGACAAAAAUCAGGUGUGCCAUAGUAACUCUACCAGCAAUUCCUCAUGCUUCUAUGACUAUUAUUGUUCUGUCCGUGAAUCAAAUUUGAUUCUGGAGUUGAUACAGGGUACAGGGAGGUUGGAGAAAACCAUUCUUUUUUAUGGGUUCUAUGCGAAAGAGACAUUCCCCUAUCAUGUAGGUGGCACACUGCUGUAUUACGACCUACCUUUAGCCUACAUCCUGGUGGCCAUUGUUUAUUUUCUAAUAUCCUUGGCAGCCAUAAUUAAAACGGGCGCGAAACGUUUUAAGGAGCGCUUGGUCGAAGGAGAGGGGCAAUUUUAUCAGUACUCCAAUUUGCUUUUCGGCGGGUGGGAUUUUUGCAUACACAACGCGAAGUCGGCCAGAAUUAAGCACAAAGCCAUCUACAGCGAGAUACGGGCGCUGCUGGAAACCGAAAAGCUGGAAGAGGAACGUCAGAGCCGGUCCCGUAAUGAGAGGUACCGCAUAUUCUUCUGCAGGUGUCUCGUGAACAGUACCGUGUUGGCGGUACUGCUGGUAUGCGGGGCCGCCAUCUAUUUCAUCUUUGACUGGUCCAACACCCAACUCGCCUCGUUGGUCGACUUCUCGACUACCGAGCAGAAACUUUUGCAGCUGUUUUACGAGUUCCUGCCGUCGAUGACGAUAGUAUCGAUGAAUAUGGUGAUACCAUACGUGUUCACGUUUCUGGUGAGUUAUGAGAAUUACAGUCCAUUGUUCGUCAUUCGGCUCACUCUCAUACGAACGGUACUGUUGCGUCUCGCUUCCUUGAUGGUUCUGUAUGCUUCCCUGUACAACAAGAUCAGUUGCGAUGUCAAUAUCGCGGAAACGGAGUGCGUCGCGAGCGAAUGCGGAACGCCUACAUGCUGGGAAACAUACGUCGGUCAGCAGAUAUACAAAUUACUGCUGACCGACUUCGCGACGCACCUCGUGAUGACGUUCGUGGUGAAUUUUGGACGGGCUUUCCUCGCCAGGCACCUGGACAAUAAAUUCUUCAGGUUCGUCGGCGAACAGAGCUUUGACUUGCCUCGUCACGUCCUCGACGUCGUCUACACCCAGACUCUGUGCUGGGUGGGGAUAUAUUUUGCGCCCCUGCUCUCCGCCCUCGCCACCAUUCUGUUCUUUCUCCUGUUUUAUAUUAAAAAGUUCGCGUGUAUGGUCAACUGCAAACCCAGCAUGGUCGUGUACCGCGCUUCGCGUUCCUAUUCUAUGUUCAUGAUCGUCCUUCUCGUUUCGUACGUGGUGGCACUGGUGCCUAUCGCUUUCGUCGUGUCCGAAUUGACGCCGAGUAGGUCGUGCGGCCCCUUCCGGAGUUUGCCCUCCGUAUGGAAUUUAAUCGAGGAAACGUUCGGGAAGACUCCUAUUUGGGUACAGGGCGUCGCCGCGUUUAUUCCGACGGCCGGCUUUGCCAUUCCCUUGUUCAUCGUGUUGAUUUUGUCGCUUUAUUAUUACACUGCCGUUAAUUCGGCCAACAGGCACAUGGUGACCGUAUUGAAGAAUCAACUGGUUCUCGAAGGACACGACAAACAGUUUCUCAUCAACAGACUAUACAUGUUUAUCAAACAGGAGAACGACAAACAUCAGAAAAUGGGUGUGCGGGUGAGAGAGGGCGACAGACAUGCCAGCAACUAAUUACUAACCUUCAGUUUGGACGCGUCUUCGCGUUUCCCUUGGUUACGCACGGCUUAAAUUGACCCGCUAGCCGCUAAGUGGGGGGGGGGGGGGUGUAUACCCUAAUACUCACAUUGACAAUUGCCAGCCCUGUAUAUAUACACCUAAAGUUGGCUUCUGAAUUGUUUUCGGAAACGGCACAUGUUCUCUCCUCUGCAUCAUAAAAUUUCGCACCCGGAUUUCCACAGACAAAAUUUAUCAACUGAUAGCACCGGUUUCACACAGCUGUCAAACACGCGUAUAGUUCGUUUCGCAGGGGUAAAUAUUUAUGUCAUAUUUUUUUGACAAAUUUGAUAAUUAUUUUAACUCUAAAAACACCUUUUUUAUAUUUUGAAUUGACAAGCCUUUUUCGUAAUGUUCUUUCAGUCUAUUUUUGAACUUCUGCACCUGUUAAAAAAAGUAAGACCUAUAGGCCCCUUUUGAAAUGAAUUAUUGAUGAGGGCAGUGGACAUCCUGUAUAUAAUUUAGAAAAUUACCGCAAUGUAUAAAGCUAACAAUGCAUACUGAGAGAACAGUAUCUUGGAUAUAUUAGAAUGUAAAAAAAAAUUUUAGUUCCAAUUCCAUCCACAAGUUAACUUAGGUCUUAGCGAAGAGAGUAUUCUAUGUUUUACAAUUUUAUAUGUAUGUAACUUACGUGGAAAAAUGUGAUUUUGUUGUUGACCAAUUUUAAGUAGUUACUCGAUAUUCAAAUACCGAGUAUGUAUUCCAUUAUGCUUCCGCCUCAAGGCGAACUUGUAUCAGAUCUCCGUAAAUCAGUCAGCCAUAUGUAGUAUUAUUGUUUUUAUAUGAUGUCUUUAUAGUUCUUUUGUGUUUUUAAAGGAAAUUAGACGUUAUCGAUACGUAAAAUAUAUUUGUGAUAUUUUAUAAACCAAUUGUUUGGUUUAUAACCAACUGACUUUAGUUAAGGUGUCAAGAAAAUGUCAUUUCCAUUGUCUCUAGUCACUGUACAAGAUAAACGAUAUCAAUUUGAUUUAUAUUGUAUUACCACAAAUUAAAAUAUAUUA